CUGGCUGUCAACACGGCGUGUAAACACCUACACGGAACAGAGUCGGGGUGCGCUUGUGUCGGCAGGAGCGCACAGAUUCUCCUCUUACACAUUUAGGAUAAUAACAGUGAAUGGGAAAGAUUGCAUGAUUUUCCCACCGCUAACCCCGGAGCUUUGCAGGGUAGAGUCCGGAUUUAAAACCAGCCUCUGGUCGUUUCAUUGUAAGGAGGACGAAGCUUGCUGCUGAUCAUCGCUAUAGUCCAAGACCAUGGCAGCGGCGACGGUUGUGGACCCGGCGGACAGCGACGGCUGCGCCGGUUACACCGGCGUCCAGAACAGAGGCUGGGAUGAGUCCCAGCUCCGAAAAUACUCUUUCCCAACAAAGCCUAUUCCCAGAAUGUCUCACACGGACCCCAGAGCAGACAUACUAAUAAGCAACGAGGAACCGGUGGUUUUAACAGACACAAACCUUGUGUAUCCAGCUCUCAAAUGGGAUAUUGAAUACCUCCAGGAGAACAUUGGAAAUGGAGACUUCUCUGUUUACAUCGCAGAAAACCACAAAUUCCUCUACUAUGAUGAGAAAAAAAUGGCUAAUUUUAAGAACUUUGUCCCAACGUCACGGCGAAUGGAAAUGAAAUUCUCCGAAUUUGUGGAAAAAAUGCACUUAAUGGAGCAAAUAGGAGGAGAGGAGAGGGUAUAUCUCCAGCAGACCCUGAAUGACACAGUAGGGAAGAAGAUUGUUGUUGACUUCCUCGGUUUCAACUGGAACUGGAUCAACAAGCAGCAAGCCCAGAGAAACUGGGGGCAGCUGACAUCCAACCUGCUGCUCAUAGGCAUGGAGGGCAAUGUGACACCAGCACAUUACGACGAGCAGCAGAACUUCUUUGCACAGAUCAAAGGCCAUAAGAGAUGCAUCCUCUUCCCCCCAGACCAGUUUGAAUGUCUCUAUCCAUACCCUGUGCACCACCCCUGUGACAGACAAAGCCAAGUCAGUUUUGAUAACCCCGAUUAUGAGAAGUUCCCCAAUUUUAAAAAUGUUGUUGGCUAUGAGGCUGUUGUGGGCCCAGGAGAUGUGCUCUACAUCCCCAUGUAUUGGUGGCAUCACAUUGAAUCACUGUUGAACGGCGGAGUGACGAUCACUGUAAACUUCUGGUACAAAGGUGCCCCCACACCCAAGAGGAUAGAAUACCCACUGCGUGCUCAUCAGAAAGUGGCCAUCAUGAGAAAUAUUGAGAAGAUGCUGGGAGAAGCACUUGGAGACCCACAUGAGGUCGGACCUUUACUGAAAACGAUGAUCAAGGGCCGAUAUGAACAGGAUUUCAGUUAGAGCCCGACCCCUAAAACUCUAAAACUAGACUGCUUCAGAAACUCUGCGUGUGAAUGUGAGACCGCCGGGUGUGUAAUCCGCAUUCUGACUUUGGAGCUACGCAUCACUGCAUGGCAGUAAGCCGCCAUCUUGAAACCAUUCUUCUUCAGCCACAGUCAUUACAGAUACAACAAAUUACAGAAGACACAUCUGACAAACUUGUGGAAAUUCGUCCUACUUGAAGAAGUCUUUGAAGAUGAGGCCUAAUUUAGCUUAAGUCUAGAUAUAUUUGUGUGAGCCAGUCUCAAGCUAAUGGGUUUUUGGGUUUACUCAUCUAGUCAGUAGAAGUUAUCUGAGAUCGGUACCUUUAGAACAACCUCAAUAUUUUGACCACUAAUGGAUGAGUCAAGGGGAAUUAUAUAUAUACACAGUACACAUCAGUUAAAUACAGGACAGUACUUAAAUACAUGUAAAAACAAGUGUUAGGGGUUUGAUUACAUAAAUGUGGAAUGAUCAUGCUGCACUGUCCACCUUUAUCACAAAGACAGCUUUAAAACUGAGUUGCUUCAUACCACUAAAGAUGACAGGUCGUGCAAGUGAAAUAUUUAUCCAGGUAAUCUGCAUUAUCGCUACGCCUGCCUGAAUGGUUUUGGGGAGUGAUCAGCAAGAAUUUUCUGUUGCAAAGAUGACAGCAUAGGCGUGGUAAUAAAGCAUGUACAGAGAUUAAAAUGGUGAUGAAAUAUAAUCAAAAAAUAUGUGUGGGUGUGGAAAAAAAGAGGGCUCAUAUAUUCAAGCUGAAGGAAUAUGUGACCGCUUGCAGCUAGAAUUAUUUUAGCUGAGUGACUGCUUUGCAUUUUAUUUAUGGCUCUUGCUUGUUUGAUUAAUAUUUCAAGGACUUUAUUUGAUGUGCUAUUCUGCUUACCCGUAAUAGGUGAGUGGGCACUGAAAAUAAAUGACUGCAUACUACAAUGUUAGUUGCAAAUACAGUUAACUUUAAGGAUUAAACAAAAAUACAGUAAGUUACUGUUUUUGGGGAAACUUCUCAGAGUAAUUACAUAUGCUGUUUUCUUGGGAAUACCAUGGUUAGAACUGUAAUGAGUGUAAAAGUGGUUAAAGUGAACUGUUUCAUUGAUUUACAUUAAUGUUUUUAACAGGCUGAACCAGCAGGGUGUUUUGCUGGGAUGUAGAUUGUGUACCAUCUAGUGGUCAUUGUUUGCAGCUGCAUGUUAAAGCUUGACUUCUCAACUCAUCCAUAGAGGUUACUGCUACAAAUACAAAUACUAAAUAUGUUCUAUUUGUUGCACUGCCGAAAGAUUACACUGCAAUGUGUACAAAAGUGUAAUUCCAGUUGAAAACUUGCAGUUAUGAUUACUGUAGGUUAAAAAGCCUCAGAAAUGCACUUAUUUUUACUUAAACGCAGCCAUAUUCUGAAGACCUUAGUGUUUAAAGUGCUCUCCCUCUUGAAUUGUAAAAAUGUACAUUAAAAUUAAAGAAGGGGAGGAUUAUUUCAUAUGCUGUGCUGUUUGUGCCAAACUAACAUAAAAACCAGUACAUGGGUAUAUCCACAUUUGUUUACCUGCGACAUUGGAUAAAUCUGUAUGCGGUAAAAUAUAAAAUAAAAAUAGUACUUAAUUCAUCAGGAAAUACUAGUCUGAUUAAGGUUAUGCCUUUUAAACUGCUGAUAAUGUGCAUAUCUGUUUCUUACAAACUGCACCCGAUGGAGCAGGGCUACUUCCUCCAUGAAAAGAUCUGACCAGAUGUAAGAUGGCGUUUCAUCUCUCUUCUAUUGUUAUGUUAACCCUGUUUACUCUACGUGCCUUGCUGAACAAUGGCAUGGCACGAAAUGUUGCAAGGACUUGAUUUUUUUUACUUUUUUUUUUUUUAAAUGGUCAAAAUGCUUGUUUUCAUUCUGGCAUUAAACAGCUUUAAUUAAAUGUGGGACUGACAAGGGUUAAGAGACAUAGGCACGUUUUCAUUGAUGAAUGCCUGUUCUUUGUUUUUUUUUUGUUUUCAACAUACAGUAUGUGCUCCUUGUUUUUCUGAUUAAAGUUUCUUUGCAGAGUUCUACACUGCUGAGUACUAAAUGACUGCUGAAAAAUGUGACGAUGAAAUAAAAGAUUUGACGCAUCUGAAUUAGCAUUUUAACAUGAGUGACUGAUUCAAAGAAUACGCUGUGAAUGAUCUACAAAAAUUAGUAUUUAUUGACUAUAAAUUGUGCGUCAGUUGUUUCUCAAAGCGCAGGGUUAAAACUACAGUAAUACCAUCAUAUAGUAGUUAAAGACAACAUUGCUGCUGAUAAUAAGUAUCAGUAACAACAUCUUUUCAACACUCGAUUACACUCACAAAUCAAAAACAAUUGCUUAUAGUUGCUCCAUAUGGAUGUAGUAGGGAACACAAAUAAACAGUAUAAUAAACAUCAGUAUAUACUUAGUAAAAAAAAAAAAACUCUGACCAACCCAUUUAUCCUAAUAUAUAGUGUAUAACAAACAA